CCGGCUCUUGUUUCCAGAGGGGAGGAUUUCAGAGUAACACCGCAAGACUUUCACCUAAACCAAAGCAGAAUGGCUCUUUGUGCGGCGAAGCGACGCCUCCUGAAGCAUGCUGGGAGCUGUGCGGCCUGGGCCAGGCUGCUCCAGAGACAGAGCAGCGGCGGUGUUUACUCCAGCAGCCACGGCUUCAACCAGGAGGAGAUCAGAGAGAAGCUGCGGGCCUUUCCCGGAGGCUCCGUUGAUUUGCUCAAACAGGAAUCUGGCAUCGCCGUGCUGACCAUCAACAACCCGUCCCGCAUGAACGCCUUCUCUGGCAGCAUGAUGGUGGAUCUGGAGGAGAGGGUGAGCCAGCUGGAGAACUGGACAGACGGCAAAGGCCUCAUCGUCCAGGGGGCUGCUGGAUCGUUCUGCUCGGGGUCAGACCUGAACGCUGUCAGGGCGAUAUCCAACCCACAGGAUGGAAUGAAGAUGUGUAUGUUUAUGCAGAAUAGUUUGACAAGACUUUUGAGGCUGCCUCUGAUCUCUGUUGCUCUGGUGGAGGGGAGAGCGCUGGGAGGCGGCGCAGAACUCACCACCGCCUGCGAUUUCAGGUUGAUGGCUUCAGGCAGUGUGAUCCAGUUCGUCCACAAACACAUGGGUCUGGUUCCUGGCUGGGGCGGCGCCGCACGACUCGUCCGCAUCGUGGGAAGCCAGAAUGCACUGAAGCUCCUUGGCGGCGCUCUGAAAGUGGACCCUGAAUUGGGGAUGCGGAUUGGACUAGCAGAUGGAGUCCUUGAGGCCACCCGGGCGGGGGAGGGCGCAGGCCAUACCAGCGAGCUCCUGCAGCAGGUUGAAAACUGGCUUGGUGGCUAUACGAAGGGGCCCGCCCCUGUAAUCCAGGCCGUGAAGAGGGUAGUGCUGUCAGGGAGAGAGCUCCCUCUGUCAGAGGCUCUCAGGACUGAGAAGGACGUGUUCGGGACGGUGUGGGGCGGACCGGCUAACCUGCAGGCCCUGGCCAGCAAGUCCAAACACAAGUGAGCCAGUUUCUCAAAAUCAGCCUUGUCAAGACAUGAUCUAGGAUUUUCAACUGAGUUACUUUGGGGAAGUUCUGAAACGGUCCAAACUGUGAAAAAGACAUCAUACAUAGAACAGCUACUUUUGGAGAGGCACUUACCCUUAAUUAAAGUGUCUUGAUGUCACCCACAGGCCUUUGUUCGCGGUGAGCUCAGGACACCUACAAGGACUUUGCUGUAAUUAGCUAAAUUGUUUUCUAAAAAUGAUGCAUUUUUAAUGAGGACUGACUUUGGGAAUAGAGAUGCAGAUAAUACAAAAGUUUCUCUUUAUGUGGGCUAAGGAUGCAACAAAGACUGCUUCCAGUCACUUGAGAAAGUAAGCUUGCCCAUUGUGCAUUGUGAUGGGUUUUGUUUGUGUGGAUUUUCAACAUGACACGUUGAUUACUCAUCGGCGUACAAAAGAGCAGGAGCUGAGACACGAGUCUACAAACAGUGAUGCUGUUACUGUGCCUAUUUUGGUCAUGUUCCACAGAAUGUAGUUCUGCUGGAAAAGGUGGAAUUAGCAUUUUAUGUUUUGUAGGAAAGAGGAAGGCAAAAACAAAACAACACCGUAAUUAAAAAUCCCCCAGUAGCUUUGAGGUUGUAUUGUAGAAGACAAGUCCCUGUUGUUCACAACGAAUGACAUCAGCUGCGAUGCAACAGCAUUCGACCUGAAAGAUCGAUUCAGUCUUGUUUCAUUGAUACUCCAGACUGAUACUGUACAUGAAGAACUGCGAGAAAAAGCCUCUCAUGUUUAAUGUCCAUGGUCUCUCCUGGGGCAAAAUUGGACGUUUCCUCAUUGUCAGCAUCACCAUCCUGUUUACCUCUUGUGACGGUUACUGCGUUUGAAUCAUGUGUACUGCUGUCUUGCACAGACCCAUUUGAAAUCUAGUUUAGAUGUUUCCCUUUCAUGAAAUCUUGAUUGAUCUUUUUAAUAAAAAGUUAUACAGUACGAUUCCACGUCAUUUUCUCACAAUCUCAAUAACCCUGUGUUU